AUGAAGCCUGUCACGCACGUCCUCCCCCUCGCCAUCGGGGCAGCAGCCUCCCCCAUCGUGUCCCGCCAGUCCGCACCCAACGCUUCCACGUGUGCGGCAACGACGGAAUGGGCGGGCUUCUCGGGCCUGAAGCACGCUUUCGUCUUCGGCAACUCGUACACGACCACCGGGUUCAACUUCACCCAGGAGCCGUACCCGCAGCCGGGCAACCCGCAGGGCAACCCUCCCUACCCGGGGUAUACCUCGGCCAACGGGCCCAACUGGAUUGAUUGCUUGACCGUCAAGUACAACCAGUCGCUCCUGCUCACGUACAACCUGGCCUAUGGUGGCGCAACUGUCGACUCGGACCUCGUCAAGCCCUACGAGGACACCGUACUAAGCGUGAAGCAGCAGGUGCAAGAUGAGUUCGUUCCGGGUUACACGGGUGCCUCACCGAGCGCCCCCGGGGCACCGGAAUGGGCCGGCGAGGACACGCUCUUUGCGGUGUGGAUCGGCAUCAACGACGUCGGCAACUCGUACUACAACGGCGAAGAUGCCACGAAUACUCUGUACGCGAAGAUCUUUGACGUGUACACCGGGCUCGUCGACACCCUGUACGAGGCCGGCGGCCGCAACUUCCUUUUCCUCAACGUCCCGCCCGUCGACAGGUCGCCGCUCAUCACCGAGUCGGGUGUCGAGGGCGCGGCGGCGCAGGAGAAGGCCGCCAUCGGGGUGUGGAACGGCAAGGUUGGGGACCUCGCUGCGUCGCUGAAGAGUAACCACUCCGAGGUCAAUGUGUGGGCUUUUGAUGCGAACUCGGUGUUUGAGGAGGUCCUUGAUGAUCCCUCCAGCUACCCGCAGACGAGUGGGUACACGAAUACUACUGGGUACUGUGAGGCUUAUGAGAACGGAACCUCUGACCCGGACAGCUUUGUUGAGAGCUGUGGUGUACCGGUCAACCAGUACUUCUGGUUGAACACGCUGCACCCGACGUACCCCGUGCAUGAUGUCGUGGCUGAGCAGGUCGCGAAGGCGUUGGAGGCUGGGCCGAAUGUCUGUGCCCAAAGUCGCCGCAGAUAG